UUAUUUAUUUGUUUGUUUGUUUGUUUUGCUUGUUUAUUUAAUUUUGGAUAAUCGUGUGUAGUAUUUUAAGUGUUUAUCGGAAUCCGCGAUUAAUCAGCAAUGUAACACGUUUAUAGGAGUUACCACAUUUACUUCUAAUCAUGUAAAAAAGUUUAGCAGGUGAACAAUAUAUUGCCAUAAACUAUCUAGACUGAUAUAACUAUAAUGUAAGAAGAAAAUGAGAGGUUAAACAUACUGUCGUUUAUGUAAUAAAACAGUCGGAUAGAAGGGAAUAACGUCGGUAUCCAGAUAUCGGAUUUGCCAUGGAAAUAGCCUACGUACCCUAUAACUAUUUAUGAAUUUUUCAACCUAGAUUUUAUGCUACAUUGAUGAUAUACAUCAACGUAUUUUAACCAUUUCAUCAAUCACCUUUCUAUAAUUCGAUUAUGUCACGUGACUUGUUUUCACUGUCCUCUGAUACAAGUGGAGUAGUCUCACCAGUAGUUUUUCAGUAAGUUUAACAGUUCUUGUUCUUACAACAAAGAAAGUAGACCGUAACUCCCUCGGGGACGGGGUUAGAGCAACCGCAAGUAUCCUGCCCUACUCCAGAUGAUGCGGGUUACCUCCGGGGUUCAUACUGGUAAUCAAUAACCCGAAACUCCAACUUUCAUGGAGGUUUAGGACUUGAGGUAAGUUGACUGAAAAAUGUGUAAUUCUGGGGCAGCGCAGGCAGCAAAAAAUGCGGGUUAUUUUUCUAUGUGUAAUUUAAUCGGCAUUCAAAGCUAUACUUUGUAUUGAUACAUGCGACGUAUCCUACUGUACUGAACUUAAAAUAGAUUAUGAUCGUGAACAUACAACUGAAGUAUAAAACGUAAGUAUUUAAUUUGAUUACAAAAUAUGCAUUCGAUCACAUUCAUAAAUUAGUUCAAGACAAUGGGGAUGGAUGGCUGGAAAGGGUUUACUCUUGUCGUGAGUGACGUCAGCCUCAGAAUUCCUCGCGCGAGCGCUCUGCACGCCCCACUCCAGCUGCCAGUCUCAUUAGCAUGAGAAGAGAUGUGGGGAUAUCUCUUGUAAACUGUCUAGAGUCCUAGAAGGAGUGGUGUGAUUACGCUACUUAACUAAGUAACAUUUGGUCGUUUUUGACCUAUGCAACAGCAUUAACUGGAAAAACAUUAGUGAAAUACUGAAACAGUCCAAAUAAAGCAUCUUAUGUGGUCUAAGAAUACGAAAUAACCAAAAUGAAUUUAACAAGGCACCGUCAACGAGACGACAUUACAGCCGACACCUUUCCAACUGUGGAGAACCGGUUCGGCCAGCGUGGACGCUCUUUUCAGUGACGUGUCGCGUUCUUACGUUGUCAUUAACUCCGCCCCCGCAUACUUCUUUGUAUCAAGUCUUUGUUAUAGUCAUUGAUACAUUGUUGUUUCAUAUAAAAACAAUUUCAUAGCCACUGAGAAGCACUAGAGGAAGUGAACGUUAAUUGCCGAAUACCUGAUUCUGGUUCAUUGCCUGUUAAUGGUUUUGAUACUUCACAUCAGGCUAUAGCUAUACACAUGUAUUUUGGAAUGCAGAUUUUCAUAACUUAAAAAUACCUCAAUAAGACGGCUUAGCAAGACCUGUAUGCAGCCAGUAAGAAGGCGUAAGUAGGUCCCUGUUUCCUGACCUCUGACCUACCGUAUUUUAUCUAGUAGACAGACACAGAGACCCUUGGGAAGGAACCUGCUAGUCCCCGUUACCAUGGUACCACACCCGGCGGUCCAGGCGGCUAUUGACCUCUCCGCCGGAGCCAUAGGUCGGACCCGCGGUCCUUUUCACAGUGAUCUCCCCUUGCCACAGGCGGUGCAGCUUGCGUGUUCAGCGGCCAGCCACUGGACACAGCCAAGGUGAAGAUGCAGACCUUCCCUUUACUGUACCGUGGCUUCCUGCACUGCUUCCUGUCCACCUACAGGCAGGAGGGACUGCGGGGGCUGUACCAGGGCACCGCACCCGCGCUCUUGGCCAACGUCGGCGAGAACGCAGUGCUCUUCAUGGGCUACGGCGUCUGCCAGGAGGUGGUGCGGCUGGUGUGUGGGGGCAGGGCUGAGGGCGGUGCCAGCUCUGACCUCAGCGAUACCCAGAAGGCCUGUGCUGGCUCAGUCGCCUCCAUCUUCUCCUCGCUAGUUCUGUGCCCCACAGAGCUGCUCAAAUGCCGCCUACAGGCCAUGCACGAGAUGGCAGCCCUGGGCAAGAUCCCCACCAGGCGGAGCACGCUGUGGUCCGUGGUGCAGGACGUGAUGCGGAAAGACGGACCCCUGGGCUUUUUCCAGGGCCUCACCAGUACCAUCGCCAGGGAGGUGCCAGGAUACUUUUGCUUCUUCGGGGCCUAUGAACUGAGCCGGACCUCAUUCGCCCGUUACUUGGGCACGGGCAAGGAUGACAUCGGUGUGGUUCCCAUAAUGCUCAGCGGCGGAUGCGGGGGCGCCUGUCUCUGGCUGGUGGUGUACCCCAUGGACUGCGUCAAAUCCCGCAUCCAGGUGCUGUCCAUGACAGGCCAGCAGGCAGGUUUCCUCAAGACGCUGGUGGACGUCGUCCAAGUAGAGGGCAUCCGUGCACUGUACUCUGGCCUGACGCCCACCUUGAUCCGCACCUUGCCGGCCAACGGCGCUCUCUUUCUGGCCUACGAAGCCUGCCGCAGCCUGAUGAUGAGCCGUUUCGGCAACUGAGCGCGCCACUCCUGCUGCUUCCUGAUUGGCUGCCUGCUUGGCCUUUGUGCUCCGCCCCCCCCGGACCUGGGUUCGAACUUGGCAGCCAGCCUGCUGAUCCCCUGCCCACCCGCCACAUCUGGGUGUCCGUCACCUCCACCCUGAAUAUUAUUUAAGCCCCCCCCACCACCCUGUCUCAGAACGAGUGGCACUCGGAACAUUUUGGAAACACGUAACACAGCCACACGCCAGCCUCUGACUUUCAUUUUGAAACUAAACUACCUCUUUGUGGAAGGGACGUCUGUGUGGAUCGAGGGGUCUUUUGCAGAGGUUAGAAUUUCCGGAAACAUGGUUUGGCCAGGUCAGCCCAAAGCAGAACUGAUCCAAGUUCCUGUUUCAACAUCAUUUCCUGAGCUUAUUCAGCUGGUAGUACUUAUUCAGAGAUAUUUUUUAUAGAUGUGCAUUAGCCAGUUUGAACUCACUCCAAUAAUCCCCUACUGGAGCACUAUCAUUUGGAAGAGUUGAUCUCUAAUGGUUUAUAUAUGAACUAUAAUUCUCACUGCAACAAGGUCAGACUCAGGACAGCUGUUUACAUGUGAGCUAAGCAGCCCAUCAUCACACACCAGGGUCAUCCAUCUUCUGACCAUUCAUCCAGUACUGAGUGGUAGGGAACCGAUCCCAGGAAGUGCUGUCCAUUACAGGGACACCUGCACACAAC